AUGGCAGCCAAGAUGUUUGCAUUGUUUGCACUCCUAGCUCUUUGUGCAAGCGCCACAAGUGCGACCCAUAUUCCAGGGCACUUGCCACCAGUCAUGCCAUUGGGUACCAUGAACCCAUGCACGCAGUACUGCAUGAUGCAACAGAGGUUUGCCAGCUUGUUGGCGUGGCCGGCCCUGAUGCUACAGCAACUGUUGGCCUUACCGCUUCAGCCGUAUCAGACGCCAAUGACUAUGCCGAGCAUGAUGCCACCAAUGAUGAUGCCAAGCAUGAUGCCACCAAUGACGAUGAUGCCGAGCAUGAUGUCACAAAUGAUGAUGUCGAGCAUGAUGCCGUUGCCACAAUGUCACUGCGAUGCCAUCUCCCAGAUUAUGCAGCAACAGCAGUUACCAUUCAUGUUCAACCCAACAGCCAUGGCAAUCCCACCCAUGUUCUUACAGCAACCCUUUGUUGGCUCUGCAUUCUAG